GCCCCAUCAAACCCAUUACUCGAGAAUGGCGAUGCAAUCCACGCCAUUCUUUUGAAACGUCCUUUCAAAUAAUUGCAUAAGGUGAACACCUGUUUAAUUCUCUCUUCAUCAAGAAUAGAUCCAUGUCUUCAUUGGAUACUAGUAAACCAGAAAGAAAGUAUGGAAACUGAGGAAGAAAAAUGGAUCAAACACUAUUCAUCGCUUCAUCAAAUACUGUUAGUGGGGGAAGGAGACUUUUCGUUUUCUUUGUCUUUGGCUCUCGGUUUUGGCACUGCAUCCAACAUUACUGCUUCUUCCCUCGACUCCUAUGGUGAGUUAAUCAUAAAGUACAAGAAUGCAAACGCAAAUCUGUUUGCUUUGAAAUUUAAUGGGGCUUCCAUUUUACAUGAAGUGGAUGUAAAGAAAAUGAAGCUUCAUCCAGGUCUUGAAAAACGGAAAUUCGACCGAAUUAUUUAUAACUUUCCUCACGCAGGUUUCCAUGGGAAAGAACACAAGCCCAAAGUUAUCAAGUUGCACACGAAUCUUGUCUGUGAAUUUUUUAGGAAUGCUCGUGACAUGUUGCAAGAAAAUGGCGAAAUACAUGUUAGCCACAAGACGACGUAUCCGUUCAACAAGUGGAAAAUUGAGGAUCUUGCAUCAAAUUAUGCUUUAGAGUUGAUUGAAUGUGCUGAUUUCAAAAUUGAGGACUACCCAGGUUACACCAAUAAAAAGGGAGCAGGUUCCAAGUGUGACGAGCCAUUUCCAUUGGGUAAGUGCAGUACCUUCAAGUUCAUGCUCUGCACUGCUGGGGCUACAAAAUUGGCGAGGGUACGGAAGAGGAAGUUAGACUUAGUAACUGUAAAAUAUCAAGAGAUCCCAAUCCAGAUUGAACAUCAGCCAGCAGCAUUAUUUGAUAGAGGACUUCCAUCUUGUCCGUUUACAUUUACAAAUGACAUGCCUUUGCACAAUGGACUAACACGGCACUCGUCCAUUAGAAAUGAAUGCAGGAGAAUAUUCGGUGGUUAUCUUAAUCAUGUAGAGCAAACGUUUGGAAGGAUUGGUUAUGAUGUUCGUGGUUCUCUUAAUGAUGCUCUGAGGCUCGGUUUUGAAAGAUACACCUGUGAAGUCCGUGGACGACCCUUGAGCGGUUAUAUUGAUAUUUUGGAAGAGCUACGCCACCUGAGCGUUUUGAGAUCAGAAUGGUUGAGACAGAUGCUAGCAAUUCUUGAUAUGCAGAGGUGAAGAAGCUGCUGUGUAUACAAUUCACUGGCUUUUUUGUCAAUAUUAACACUUUACAAGAAGGAUGCUUCCCAUUUUAGAAAAUGGUUGUGACUAAUCGGGUCUUGGACUCUUGUUGAUUUUUGGCUUCUGUAUUUUUGUUAAUAUUUCUCGAUUGUGAAGCGUUACUGUAACUAUGAAAUUUUUAAUUUUACUUGCUAUUUUGGCUGUUGCUUCGUCCUUUGCAAAGAUGCUAUAUGUACUAAAUCACUAAUCGGGUCGUGGACUCUUGUUGAUUUUUGGCUUUUGUAUUUUUGUUAAUAUUUCUCGAUUGUGAA